CCCGCAUCUCUUUCAUUGGUCGAAACUCAGGGUUCAAAGUUUCUUUUCCGGUGUCCGGUAACGUUUGAGCGAGGAAACGAACAACACUUUAAAUUGGCCGGUGAACAGCGUUUGUUGUCGGUUCUCACAGCCAUCUGCCAGCUGGGGGAAGCUGUCACGGAUGAUGUCUGGGGAAGGACCCAUCAAGGUGUCCUACGUUUUCCCAAAUGGAGACAGAUAUGAGGGGGAGUGCAGCAAGUCUGCAUCUGGAGCAAUGGUGAGGAGCGGCACUGGGAAACACACCUCAGCAAAUGGGAUCAUAUACACUGGAGAGUGGCACGAGGACAUGAUGCAGGGCAGGGGGACCCUGCAGCAUCCCUCUGGAGCAGUAUAUGAAGGAGAAUUCAAAGACAACAUGUACCACGGCACAGGAACAUACACCUUCCCAGAUGGCUCUACUUACAAAGGCCAUUUUCACAAGAACAGGAUGGAAGGAGAAGGGGCAUUCACUAACACACAAGGACUGGUUUGGACGGGAGAGUUUCAUGGCAAAGCAGCACUGGGCCUGAGAAUGCAGCACAACAUUUAGGCAGUGUAUAAAACACAUUAAACUAAGGAUGAGGAUUUCCCCCCUCAGGGCACUGUAUUCUCCAGAAUUCCUUAUUUACACGUGAUAAAUUUACCGCUCAGAUAAACCUGUGUUUCUGCUCAAAACCUCUGAGAUCAGUCAUCCAUGUGUUUCUGUGUAUCGGUGGUUAAAUAUCCAUGAAAUCAGUGAGUCAUGUCUCCUGCUCUGAGUCACUCUCUCAGCUCUGUCUCCUGCUUUACUGGUCGUGGUGCUCCGACACAGCAAGUGUCUCUUUAUGUGAGCUUCAUUUCACUCUAAGAAUUAUUUAUGACUCAAAUAAAAUUUAAAAAACACCCGAAUAAAACUCCCUGGUUAGAC